UAAUUUUUCCUAAUAAACUAAUAAAAAUCACAGAUAUUAAAUAGUCAACUUCAAUAAAAAUUUAUAAAAAAAUCACUAAAUAUAAAAUAAAAAAAAAAAUAAGAUUUAGCAAUCUGUAUAAAAUAGGUUUUGUCCAGUCAUGACUUCUUUAUUAAUAUAAAAGAAUAUAAAUAAGCAAUUUUAAAAGUUAAAAAUAAAACUCCCCUCGAGAAAGAAAUUUAAUUAGAUCAAAUUUGAAACAGAAGAAAAAUGGUGGGGCUAUUUCUUCACUUCCUUCCAUUUCUCGCAGAAACCAAUGCAAAUAUAUGACGAGUUUUUGAGAAAUUUCAUUUCAAUUCAAAAGUCGAUACACAGUUAAAAGGGCUGCAAUUGCGACCGAGGCGGGAACCAGAUCAAGAUUGAAGAUGAAGAAUACUGCUGCUAUACGGUGCGAUCAAUAUCAUUUGCCGAGCAGAGUUUUUGUGUAUAGAGAAGACAAUACACUUCACUGGAAGGUAGUAAGGAACUCCAGGAAAAAUGGGUCAGUUAGAUUUGACUGUUCUUGUUCUCAACCUUUCUCCUGAGGUGACGGUCACAGAGUUGAACACCUUCUUUUCUUACUGCGGAACUGUGGAGAAGAUCCAGCUUACUUCAGUAAACAAAGACCAACAGUCAGCUUUAGUGACUUUCAGGCAGCCAUAUGCUUUCCGAACUGCUCUGCUCCUUAAUGAUGCUAUCCUUGCAGGUCAACCAGUCCGCAUAUUGUGCACGCAGAACACAACAAUCUCUUGCACUCCGGAUUCGAUUAAUGAAACUGAGAAGCAUGAGGUGCAGGAGUUUCUUGCAUCAGUCCAAGCUGCAAUGCAAACUAUGGCUUUGAAGGGUGUUGAAAUGUUGAAGAAGGUCAAGAAUGAGCUAGUGGAGAAUUACAAGCUGUCAGAAAAAGUAAAAGUGCCAACGGACAGAAGAAGAUCAGCAGCUAGUACUGCUGGAGGGACAGCAGAACAAAUUGGGGGUGCAAUUAAGAGCAAUGAAUUUAUAUCAGGUGGUGCUCUACGGUUGUACGGCGUACUUGAUAAGGUUUCCAAGGGCUUGUCUUCUCUAGGCAACGACAAGAGAGAUAACCCUAAUUCUAGGAAGCAGAAAUAAACCCUAAACUGAACUGAUUAUAAAUGGUUGGUCAAUUACACCUCCCUGUAUUUCAAGGUACAGGAAGUAGAGAAUAAUGAACUCAUGUUGCAUAGGGCGUCUUUGUAUAAAUGAAGCAAAUACAAACACAAAUGAACCAAGCAGUUGAAACGGAAAUGAAAUGAAGAGGUGGUUUUGAGUUAAAAAGACAA